CCCGCUGCGGGCUGCUUACCGCGGAAGAAGAUCUCAGUACGGAGGCCACCAUUCCGCAACGCGGACGCGUUUCUUCGUUCGAGUGCAUUGUCAAGGGUGUUUCGUGCGUGUGGAAGGGACAGUCCGGUGCAAGAGUGUUGUGUAGAGCAAGCUUAUCAAUAAAUCGAGCCCGAUAAUGCCGAGCCUAAGACCGCUGUCUGCCCAGCUGGCAAAGAAGGCGGCGGACGAGCUGUUCGAAAAGCCGGAACGCAUCGACGAAGAUCUGGCCGCGCUGAGGGCCUGGUUGGCCAAGUGCCCGCACAUCAAAUCCCGCACCGAUGACCAGUUUCUGACGAUGUUCCUGCGCGGCUGCAAGCACAGCCUCGAGCGGGCCAAGGAAAAGCUGGACAUGUACUACACGGUCCGGACGGCACUGCCCGAGCUGAUGCGCAACCGCGAUCCGGAGGAGCCGAAGCUGCUGGAGCUGAUCAAGAUGGGUGUGGCCGUCCCGCUGCCGAACACGGUCACGCCCGACGGGCCGCGGAUCAUCCUGGUGCGCCCGGGUGUGUACGAUCCGAGCAAGUACACCAUCCAGGAGGUGUUCCGCUACAACACCAUGAUGUCUGAUAUUAUGAUGAAGGAAGAUGACAACCUGGUCGUCGCUGGGCAGAUGGGCAUUCUGGAUCUCUCCAACUGCACCAUGGCCCAUUUCCUCCAGUUCAGCCCCACGUUCGUGAAGAAGGCUACGAUGUGGAGUCAGGAAGGAUCGCCGCUGCGCCAGAAGGGUUUCCACUACGUCAACACACCCAGCGGCUUCGAGGUGGUGUACAAUCUGUUUAAGAAUUUCCUCAACGAGAAGAACCGAUCGAGGCUGUAUGUACACGGUAGCAAUCUGGACUCACUGUACGAGCACAUACCGAAGGCCAUGCUGCCGGCAGAGUACGGUGGAGAUGCUGGCCCUAUCCAGGAGAUCGUCGAUGCCUGGGCGAAGAAGAUCAUCUCCUACAGGGAUUACUUCAAGGAGGAGGACCAGUACGGUACGGAUGAGAAGAAGCGUCCGGGCCGUCCGAAAAACGCGGACAGCCUGUUCGGGCUGGAGGGUUCGUUCCGGAAGCUGGAGGUUGAUUAGAUGAACUUAGGGGGGUGAUUUUGAGAAUUCCAAUAAAGAUCUCCUCUCUUUGUUUUUGGGGAGGAAAACUGGGAAGAUGUGAA